AUGGUUAUCAAGCUUCUCACUCGAAACUUACGACUUAGCAUUGAGUUCGAUCCUCACUGGGUGUCCCUUACAUUCGGCCUUGUGCCAUAUCUAAGCUACGUUUGGAAUAACCCUAUACUGUUUCUGUCUGUCUGUCUAUUUUAUAAAAACUGCUAUCUAUCUAUCUAUCUAUCUAUCUAUCUAUCUAUCUAUCUAUCUGUAUCGCUUCAUUACCUUGUAGAGGGCCGAGGAGUUAACUCCGACAAUCUAUCUAUCUAUCUAUCUAUCUAUCUAUCUAUCUAUCUAUCUAUCUCUUUACCUGUUUGUCUGUCUAUCUAUCAACCUGAUCUGCUGUCUCUCUGUAUAUCUAUCUAUCUAUCUAUCUAUCUAUCUAUCUUAUUAAAACUGAUAUCUAUCUCAAAUCUAUCUAUCUAUCUAUCUAUCUAUCGCAGUCCUUUUAAUAUACAUCUGUCUGUCUAUCUAUCUAACUAUCUCAGUCAUUUUAAUAUCUAUCUGCAUUUCUAUCUGAUACAUAUUAAUAUCUAUCUAUCUAUCGUUCUAUCUAUCUAUCUGAUUCCUUUUAACAUCUAUCUAUCUAUCUAUCUAUCUAUCUAUCUAUCUAUCUAUCUAUCUAUCUAUCUAUCUAUUUGA